AUGACGUCGCAGGAACGUUCUGCGCCGCCGCCGCAUCCAGCCGAGACUGUCAGCACUACAGCAAAAGCGACUGCCAAGCCGCCAUCUCAGGCGCCUGCUCCUCGGGCACAGAGCCCUAGGGGUUCUACGAGGGGUAACCGGCGUACGGGGAGAGGCCGCAAUCAACAGCCUGAACAGCGAGCCACGGCCGCCCAGGAUAGCUCGAAUGACGGGCGUCGCAAUCCCGCGUUCCCAACCACAGCGACAAUUCCUAUAGAUACAGCCGGUCGCGAUCCGGGCGUCUCAGACCAGGUCUGGCGUCAGCUGCAGAUUGCGAAACAAGCUCAGGAGCGAGAGCGAAGACGAGCGGAAGCCGCGUUGAGGGAUCUUGAGAACCAGAGACGGGCAGCUGAGCGCAAGGAGAGGGAGGCGCGGGAGGCAGCUGCUAGGCUGGAGAGGGCCGCGAGGGCCGCAAGGGAGGAGAAGGAGCGCGAGGAGCUGACGCGGCGUCGGGAGCAGGAAAGGCUGCGGGAGAUAGCGCUGCGGCAGGAGCAGGCACACUUCGUUGAGAGAUGCAUGCGGAAUCUCGAGUUUCGAGGCAAGCCACGGUCAGCACUCCGGAUCCAGAAACCCAUUCUCGUAAGAUCACAAGAUCUCCUGUUUCUACGCAAAAGGUCCCUAGAAAUCACAAGAGAGCAAGCUGAACGUGUUCGCAGCACUCGCCGGACGAAGUAUCAAACACCUAGGGAGAACUCCAAGUAUUCGUCAAAGCGCCUCGUGCGAGUCGUGCCAUUCGUUGUGGAUGUUCUGUCGAAGCUUCCGCCAUUAGUAUACCAGUGCCUAAAACCUGAAGUGAGGAGAAGGACCAGAAGGCGCAAGAGUUGCAUAUGGAAUUAUUACCUGGAGCGAAGUCAACCGACAGCAAACCAGCUCCAGCCGACGCGACGCGAAUUCACAAUCACAACCGAUACAUCUACGGCUGUGACGGACGCAAAUAUGCUCGUCGUUCGAUUCGCCCAACGGCACGCGCAUAAACGACAUGCCAUCUACCCUGCAGUCCCUCCCCUCCGACGUGCUCUGGUCCGUGCGAACCCGCCGCGGUUAUCCUCUCAUAUCGUUCAUGUGCAGCCGUUCCAGUGCGCGGCAGUCUUACUGCGAGAAGCCGCUUUCUGCGCCUUCGGCUCACUUGCCGCAGUGCAGUACAUCGAGCCAGUCGGGGGGAAAGGGACUGCACUCACGACUCGGAGGAGAGCCCUGUGA